CAGGCUCCGGCUCCACCUCCCAAGUUAGCGCGCGUGCACAGGAUUGCAGCCGCUCGGCAUCCACGCGUCCAAAGGAUCGGGGCGCCCGGAUUCCUUUUCCGAGCCAGGCGUCAGGUGACCACAGCCCUAGCAAGGCCUCCCCGUCUGGCUCUCUUGGCUUAGCCCUGCCAGGAGGCGGAGAUAGGGCGUCUUCAGAGCCUGCCAAGCGCCGCCCCUCGCCUCGGAGCGCCGCAGCUGGCUGGGCCAUGGUGGAGCAAGCCGACGACGCGCCGCUCCUCUCCUGGGCCGAGGGCCCGGCCGUCUCCCUACCGGAGCCGGUCGAACCCGGUGGCUGGGGACGUACUUGUUCCUCUCCGGCAUGGGGAAGCGGCGCCAAAGGGGAGCCAGUCGCCGGCCCCGCGGAGCACCUCCAGGAGCAGCAAAAACCGGAGCAGGUGGAGGAGGAUCAGAUCGUGGCGGUGUUUGUGGUCACUUUCGACCCCCGCACGGGUAACAUGGUCGAAUGGUGUCUUCCGCAAGAUAUUGACCUGGAAGGUGUUGAGUUCAAAUCCAUGGCCAGCGGGUCCCAUAAAAUUCAGUCAGAUUUCAUUUACUUCCGGAAAGGCCUUUGCUUUGGCUUGGCCUGUUUUGCCAACAUGCCUGUAGAGAGCGAGUUGGAACGUGGUGCCCGUAUGAAAUCUGUAGGGAUUCUUUCUCCUUCUUACACCCUGCUAUAUAGAUACAUGCACUUCUUGGAGAACCAGGUCAGACAUCAGCUGGAGAUGCCAGGGCAUUACUCUCACUUGGAAGCAUUUUAUGAUGACAAGAAAGGAGUUCUCCCUGCUGGCACCCUUGUUCCUCAGCAACCCGUCCACUGGCUGCCUUCCAUCCACAGAUACAUGUACCCAGAAAUGAAGAUCACACACCCUGCAGGCUGUAUGUCUCAGUUCAUCAAGUUCUUUGGCGAGCAGAUCCUUACUCUCUGGAAGUUCGCCUUGCUUCGCAAACGCAUUUUGAUAUUUUCGCCGCCUCCUGUUGGUGUGGUCUGCUAUAGAGUUUAUUGCUGCUGCUGCCUGGCCAAUGUCUCCUUGCCUGGCAUUGGUGGAGCCGUUCCUGAGUCCAAGCCUUUCUUCUACGUCAAUGUGGCUGACAUCGAAAUGCUGGAGAUGGAAGUGUCGUACGUGGCCUGCACGACAGAGAAAAUCUUUGAGGAAAAGCAGGAUCUCUAUGAUGUCUAUGUGGAUAACCAGAAUGUGAAGACACACCACGAACAUCUGCAACCCCUCCUGAAAAUUAACAGUGCAGACAAAGAAAAGUACCGGAGGCUUAAUGAUCAGAGACAGAUGUUGAUGUACUCCCAGGAAGUGGAUGGAGACUGCAGUUCUUGUGAAGAGGACCUUUUCAUCCUGUUCUUCAUGGAGCAGAACAACCGGAUAUUUCAGACACUGAUGGAGGUAUCAGCCACCCAGGACAAAACCUUGACAGCUGACCAUGCCCGAGGAAUGGGCUUGGACCCCCAAGGUGACCGUAGCUUCCUCAUGGACCUACUGGAAGUCUAUGGCAUUGAUGUCAUGCUGGUCAUUGAUAACCCUUGUUGUACUUAGUGGAGGGAGCCAGAUGAGUGGGACACGGAGAACACAACACGUGUGAAAGGAAUGCCCUACAGGAAGCAGGAGGCAGCCUUGCUGGACCUCGCCACAGCUUGAAUCAUCAAGGACUGCCUUUUAUUUAAGAAAACGCCCUACAGAAAGUGUUAUUUAUAUUUCCCCUCCCGCUAUUAACUAUCAUUUUCAGAGAUAACUUGUUGUGAUUUCUCUCUUCUAGGAUAGGCUGCUCAAGCAUAUUGUUUCUCUUUGAUUUGUGUAAAACUGGUGGUCUGCUUCCUUUCCACCCUUCCUUCCCUCCAUCUCCCAAAACAACACAACAAAGGGCAUUUUGAGAGCCUAAACCAGACCUGGUGUGUGGGAAAAGCACUUUACUCUCUUGGGGACCAGUGUGAUUUUUUAAAAAAUGCUGCUCUGAGCCUUCAUGAUUUGACUAGUUGACCUUCCUCAGUCCCAUCAGAUUUCCUUGGCUGUGUGUGUUAGGGUUGAUGGGAUUUGGGAAUCCAACAUAAUCUGGAGGGGCCACCCAUGAUCUAUUUUAUGCACGUUAAGAUCCUUGAAUUCUACCUGUAUGACAUGUUUCUAGUUCAAUUGUGGUCAAGCUUGAAAGGGUUUGAUUUUUGCCGUGGCACCAAUGGGACAGGUUUACUUUUAUCCGGUGCCCAGUUACUCAAAAGCAAAAUAACUCUGAAGAGUCCAUUCCUUUUCUUGACUGAGUAGCAGGGGGGAUCUUUACUACUAUUACUAUUUUUGCCUAGCUUUGUUUAGUAGAUCCUACUUGAAAGGAUAUCUUGUUAGUCCCCACUGAGUCAUGAUUAACCUUGCAAUUCACCCUGUGGGUUCAGAGGGAAGGUCCAGUGCCAAGCGAUUCCCAUCUGAAGCCAGAGCAGUUGACCUCAUCCCUUAUGUUCAGCAGUGCUUUGCAAAAUCUGCCAGCACAAUCUGCAGCUAUAGAAAGCAUCAUCUCAGCUUUAGUUUGGAUUGUUUCUGCUUCAAUGAGCUCUGCUCUCUGUUUUUAUUACCUGACCAUCAUGAUGUAUGCAGUCUAUGUGUUACAACUUCAGGAGCUGCCUCUCUUGCACAAGGCAAUUUGUGUGGUCUGUUACACAGGAAUUUGUCUAGGCUUCUCACCAUAACCACAUAAAUCUCCAUUAUGAAGGUUCUCUGUGAGUCUCCCAUUGGAGCAGUGGUGGUGUGAUUAUACUGAAAAGGUAGUUGACAAGCACUGAGGGGUGGUGGUAAAUCUCUCCCUGCAGUUCUGCUGUCCUAUAGUGAGGGGAUAAGUAAUUCCUUUGAGGAGAGGUAGAUAAUAGUGACCACGCUGCACAGCCACUCAGUGGUUUGCUUGCAGGAAAAACUGGGCUUUAUGCAUCAUGGCUAAUUGGCUGCAACACUCAGUCUUGUUUAGCCUUCUGGGUUUAGAAUUUAGUCUGACUUGUGCCACAGACCAUGGGCAGUAACUUGCACCAAUUCAGGAUCUGUUGCCUUGUGGCUUGCUUCUGCAGCACCUUCACCGCCUUGCUUCUCCCCUAGACUCUGAGACUGCCUGGCAUUCCUGCUUUUUCAGAUAGUGCAUAUUUGACCUGUCAGAUGGGUCUCAGCUGUUCUAACUGGAGAGUGACUCUUUGCUGAGUGGGCAGGGGUGGGGGGAGCUGGAUUUCACUGGAGGAGGACAGACACUAUGUUUGAGCCUUCUCUGGUUCUGAUUUCUUCGACCUAGUCAGUUUAUAUUCUGCUAACAGCUGUCUUUACAAUAUUUCUUUCCCACUUUGCUUUUUGGAACUUCUUUUGGACUUUUAGUGUGUUGCUUUUGCUCUUUGUGGGGAGUACUUUUUUUUAAACCAUAUAUUAAGAGAAGGAUGGAUGAGAUGAAAUAAUCCAUUUGUGGGCCGUAAAAGUGAUGGCAGUCAUCUUUUUCUGUAUAGAAGACACAUUCCUUCAAUGUCUUAAGCCAGGCGUGUGGAAUCUGUAGCCUUCCAGAUGUUGUUGGACUACCAUGGCCAUCAUUCUUGACCAUUGGCCCAUGGUGGGUGGAGCUUAUGGGAUUUGUGAUCCAAUGGUAUCUGCAAGGCUACAGGUUCCCCACCCGUCUUAACCCUUUCCUCCUACCUCAUACUAAGCUGUUCUACAGAGACGAUUUUUCCCGUGCAGGGAGUUGCGACUGGAGUAACUUACUUUAUGUAGUGAAAGAUAAGAACUGAAAUGCUUUGUUGCUGCUUUACUUAACAAAUGACUUGAAUCAUCAGUUGCUGCAGUCUCUCCCCUUGGUAUCCAUUAUGUGGUGGUGCUGUUUUGUACACAAAGCAAGCCUUUUGGGUCUAGGAUCUUUGCCUAUGUCCUGCUUCUCUCGCAAAUUGCUAAGCUGCAGCUGGGCACACACUACUAGAAUAGCAUGUAUGGAGCUAAGUAGAUCCAGAACCAGGGCCCGAUAGGUUAUACAUAGAAAAGGGAAGAUGCCGUAGGGGUCUGUUCUCUACCAGAAUUUCUGUAUUAUACCCCAUGGAUUGGGGGCCAUACACCUGUGACUUUGCUGUAAAUUUCUGGAAUAGGACAUCAUGCAGGGCUUAAGGAGGAGUUUUAAAGCAGUGUUCUGCAGAAAGGAAGUAACUGGUCAGAGCAGGCUAACUUUUUGGUCAGCGUAAAUUGGUUGCCUUCUUACAUUAGCCUGAGACACAGAAAAGUACCUGAGCAAGGCUUUCAUGUCAGUUUGCAGCUGUGCUAGGAAAACAUUCCCUGCUUAAUUUAUGCACAGGAGUAGACUGCUUGGUAAAGGCAUAGGAGCAGGGCUAGUUAAUAAUAAAAAAAGCUGGCAAGUGUAGGAGCACCAAUUUCUAAGCCUGGCUGCCUCAUGCCAGUCAGGGUGGACGUUGGACAGGAGAAUAGUUUGCUCCGCAGCUUGAAAUUUGCAAACAUUUAUAAUCUUUCCAUCUUUAGAAGAAAAGGAGAGGAAGGAAAUUAAUUCUUCUGACACUUUUAUACUUAGGUAACAGUAUUAAGAUGAUUGUUCACAACAGGAAAGCAGGAAACUCCUUGAAACAUGAGUAGAAGAGAGAUUUUUUAAAUAACAAAGCAGAAGCUUCAAGAGAAGAGCAAAAAUAUGACAUUUUGAACUACAUCAGAAACAAACUGGAAACCAGCUAUUUUAGAGGAAACAUGCUGAGCUAUAUAAAUGUUAAAAAUUUGCCCUCCCUGGCUCUUGCCUGUAUAGGUCAUCUUCCUUUAACCAGGGAUGUGGAAUAAAAGUAGGAAAUGUUCAGCAAAUUGCCUGGUGCUACUUGUCCUAGAUGAACAAGCAAGUGGCUGUUUCUCCGUUUCUUCCAUGUGCGUAAGAGAAUUUUAUCCCUCAAGAACAGUGUAGGUACCUAAUCUGCUGCAGAUCCCGAUACAAGAUGUCUAUCUUUGCACAUGUGCAGUUUUUUCCUUCUGUCCCCCCUCUCCCCCCAAACACCAACCGCAUGCUCUCAUGCCAUAGGGAAAAACAGUAUGCAAUACGUUUCAGGCCCUGCAGGCAGCUUAUGGUGACUGCAAUUGCAGUAUUAAAUAACAGUAGAACUCCCAGUGGGAAGUUUAAAGGGAUGGAUGGCCAUUCUUCUCACCAGCCAUAGGAGGCAAUUUUAUCCUUGGUGCUUGAUCAACUUGAGGACCAGAGCGGGAUUCAAACUGAAAGCUCCCCUGUACUACAUCAAUAUUCUCUGCUUUGUCUUGUAUAUAUUAUUUUAUUCUUCUUUUAAAAAGUUUAAAGAUGAGGCCUUGGUUGAAGUAUCAAAUUUGAAUGCUUGGAAAACUGAGGAAGAGUCGGGUCAAUUUGCCGGGGGGGGGGCAGAUCAGUGAUGGGUUUGUAAUUUUAUCUAUUUCACAAAUCGUAAAUAGGAGUUACAAGUGGGACCUACAACCAAAUGUUGCAGUGUGGAGUGCUCCUGUUCAUGGUUCCAACUAGGCAACCGUGACCUUUUCCAGCAUACUCAAUUUCUCUCCUCCUUUGCCUGCUAGCAUUCCAUGUGCACUGAGCAUGCUCAGUUCAUUGGGUUGUUUUAGGGGCUUCCAUUAGUUUUUUUCUCUAAAUUGUUUUUGUAUUUCUGCACAGUAUCCUUGGGGUUUCCCCAAGCCUCCUGGUACCUCCCUCUUGUAUGUGUGUGUGCUGUUUUGGCUGUGUAAGGAUAGGCACUUGGAGAAAAUGAGUUUGCUGUCAGUAUAUGAAUGAUGUUCCCUUUGCUGUACAGGAGAAACAGUGCAGUUUGCUAUGUAAAUGCUAAUGGGGGGAUUACUAGUUCUUUGUAUGACAUGCAAUGCACACUGCCUUGCCUAUGAGAUCACUACUGGUUUUCUAGGUCUUUUGCCAUAAAACACCAUAGCUAUUUUAAGCUUGUGUGUGUGUCUAGAGGGGUUAUCACCAUGGUACUGAAAUAUUUAAAUCUCCAUCAGCUUUAGCCUCCACACUCCAUGGUGAAUAUGGUGCACUUUUUAUAAACAAGCACAGUCCAUAUCACUGGAUAGUCUGCACAGUUCACAUAGAUCAUUCAGCACCGUGGCAGCUGAAUGUGUGAACUAACAUUGGAGAAGUACAGUGCUUGAGGUGACAUUGGGCACUAUUAAAGUUUGGGGCUGUGAUGGCUCCCUUCACCUGUGCAAGUCAAAGGACGAACAGACACGUGUGAACCACACCAAAACAUCUACCAUAAAUAACAGCUGGAGGAGCUGUCAUGAAAAAUAGCUGCUUGCUUUGUUAGAGAAUCACACAAGCUUUUUGUGGAGCAAGUGGAGUAUACUGUAAAUAUAUAUACAUCCUCAAGCCAGCUGCUUCUGUUGGAGGAAUUGGCUGCCACAGUGGACCAUGAUUAAAGGCUACCAAAUCAACAUGCAGGAGCUUGGUUCCCCUGAUACUGAAAAAAACAAAACACGUUAAAAGGUCUUUGCUUUUUUUUUCUGAGUUGGAUCAGGAUAGCAGCCCUAUGGAAGAGGGUUAACUGUUUCUCCCUUCUCAUCCCUACCUGCAAAGCUAAUUCUUAGUGCCACUGAGGGAAGGGCUAAGUAUUAGUUGGCCCUGACAUUCCACCAGUGGGGCUAAUAACUCGGGCAUGGGGACAGAGAGACCUUGAUUGGGUAAAGAGGUUAAAGCUCUCCCCACAAAACUGUUGCCUCAAUCCAAUUUGGGACUUUCCAUUGUAAGUUUGAAAUGAAACACCAAAAGCACAGCAGGAGGUGAUUGUAUUUCUCCCAGGUAUAGUCUGGUCCUAUAACUGCUUAUGAUACUUCUGUGCUUGAUUGCUGGAAGUAUUUCUAGUAAGAAGGUGUACUGACUGAAUCUACCUCUUGAGUGUUGGUAAGAAAGAGUCCAUCCCCUCUUCUCCCAGUUAAAAGAAAUAUAUACAUAUAGUGUGUUGCAUAAUAAUUAAGAGUGGCACCCUUCACUAGGUGAUUCUGCAGAGUCUUCAGCUGACAAGAGUAUAUAGCUACCAGUUUGAUAUUGGCCAUAAAGACAGCACAGACUGUGAUGACUCUAUCUCUGAUGAAGCAUAAAUAUGAUUUGAUUGGUGGCCAACCUCUUCUGACUAAGCUCAACUAAGCACCUUCCUUUUAGCAGUGUAAAUUGUACCUGUGGCUUUCUUCAUUUCUCAGUAAGAGGAAAAGCGCUUAAGUUUGUGGAUUGGCACUGCUUCUGCGGAACCCAAGGAGGACUUUUGUACAUACUGUAAUGGUCUUUUUUUUUACUCUAUUAAAGUUCACUUUUAACACA